AUGGCGACCCCCACAAACCACCCCGUCACGAACCCCAGAGAGGGCGUCACGUACCUCACCGAAGACGAAAUCACCUCCUUCCUCGACGACCUAGACCACAACGGCGACGGCUACAUCGACUACGCUGAAGUCGAAGCCAAACUCGACGCCGCCCACGACGAGCUCGCGCCCGGCGGUCAGGUUAAACCUCACCACGUCAUCAGCCGUCACACCUCUCCAGAGAAACCAAAUCAGUCGCCGUCCUCGUCAGACGAGAACCGCCUCCGCCAUGAAUUCCUCCGCUCCAUAAUGGGCCUCACCGGCUCCGAGCCAGGCAACAUCUCUAACCCCACCGCUUCCGCCGACGACACCACCCGUACCCACCGCAUCCCCCGCGCCGCCUUCGCAGCCCGCGUCCGCGAAUGGAAAAUCCCCUCCCUGAAACAAGACGUAGACUCGGAAACCUCCCAGCGAAACUUCAUCCAACACCUCCGCCUCUCCCGCCGCCUCCGAGCUUACUGGGCCGUCCACGGCCCCGAAAUCGCCUUCCUUGCCCUCGUCGCAUCCUCCCUCAUCGCCUUCGGCGUCUGGCAAUGCGUAAAAUACGCCACCACCCCGCGAUAUCGCGCCGCCUUUGGCUGGGGCGUCGUCCUCGCAAAGACGUGCGCCGGCAUGCUCUAUCCGACCUUCUUCUUCCUGAUCCUCAGCAUGUCGCGCUACUUCUCCACCAUGCUCCGCCGCUCCUACCGCGUUUCUCGUUUUGUCAACUGGGACCUCAGCCAGAGCUUCCACAUCAAGAUCUCGUGCCUCGCGCUCGCGCUCGCGACGCUGCACGCCAUAGGCCACCUCACGGGCUCCUUCUACCACGGAAGCCGACCCGAGAACCAGGACGCCGUGGCAGCGGUCCUAGGUCUGGACGCGGUGCCGAGGCCGUACGUCGAGUACGUCCGCUCUCUACCCGGUUUCACGGGCCUCACGGCGCUAGGCCUCUUCUACCUCCUCGCCCUGCUCAGCAUGCCCGCCGUCCGACGGUGGAACUACGAGGUCUUUCAGCUCGCGCACCUGCUCAUGUACCCCAUCAUCGGCCUCAUGAUGGCCCACGGCACCGCGGCGCUGCUGCAGUGGCCCAUGUUCGGCUACUUCCUCGCCGUGCCGACGCUGCUCAUCCUCGUGGAGCGCGUCGUCCGCGUCGGCACGGGGUUCCACAGGAUCAGGGCGACGCUGACGGUGCUCGACGGCGAGACGGUCGAGGUCGCGGCCACGAUCCCCAGCGAGCGCAUGUGGAAGUACAGGGCUGGGCAGUACGUGUUCCUGCAAGUGCCUGCCAUCAGCGCGUUCCAGUGGCAUCCAUUCACCGUCUCUAUUUGUAAGGGGCGGGAGUUCCGGCUACACAUCAAGACGUAUGGGAACUGGACGAAGCGGCUACGUAAUUUGGGCGGGAAGGGCGAGGGAGGAGCCGAUGCGGCAACGGAGAUUGACGUGGGCAUCAACGGGCCGUUUGGCGCGCCGGCUCAGCGGUUCUACGACUUCAACCACACCAUCAUCGUGGGUUCCGGGAUCGGCGUCACGCCCUUUUCCGGCAUCCUCGCAGACCUGCAGGCGCGUGAUGACGAGGAGCACGGGGGACCGACGCACUCGCAUCAGCACCGCAACCACCAACACCGCCACGACUCGGAGACGACCGUCGUGACGGAGAAGAAAGAGACCAACGAGCGAAAGGGCUCAGAAUCGACAAUGGCUGCAGCGGCAACAGAGGCCCCGGAUGGAAACGACCCCACGAAACCACCCAAUCCGUCAGAGGCCUUCACCUUCGCGCCCGACUACCGCCGCGUAGACUUCCACUGGACGGUCCGCGACCGCAACUACCUCCUCUGGAUCGCUGACCUCCUCAACUCGGUCUCGCGAAGCCAGGACUGGCACCGCCGCCACGAGGGCCCCUCCCAGCACCUCGACAUCCGCAUCGCCACGCACGUCACCCAGAAACGCAGGGACAUUGUCACGCACGUGUACCGCUGGCUUCUCGAGAUGCACCGCACCGAAGAGCACCCAGAGAGCCCGCUGACGGGCCUGCUGAACCCGACGCACUUUGGCCGGCCCGACUUUGAUGCCAUACUAGACCGGCACUACGAGGAUAUGCGGAGGUUCCACGGGAACCACCGCAGCGAAAAUAGGGACGCUAGAGCCGACGACCGCGGUAGUACCCGAGGCGCUAGCGGCGAGCGGCGGGACGUGGAGGAGGAGGACGAGGAGUUAAAGGUCGGAGUGUUUUACUGCGGAGCGCCGGUGGUCGGGGAGAUCCUGGCAGACAAGUGCCGGCAGCUCACGGUGCGUGGGCGGCACGACGGCAGCAAGAUUGAGUAUCACUUCAUGAUUGAAGUCUUUGGGUAA